CUCCGAUUGGGCGAGGCGGGGCGCGACGGCCAAUCCGCGGCGAGCGCCGGCUGCCCAGGCCAAUGGCCAGGAGGUGGGGGCGGGACGGAGGUGGCUAGGUCCCGCCUCCUCACCAGAGCGCCCGGACGAGCGGCUUGAGUGCCUCUGAGUCUGGGGAGUGGCCGCUGACAGCCAUGAUGAACGAACAAAUGCAGGAGAUGGAGGAGGUGAGCAAGGAGCUGCUGAAGUUGCUGGCAGCAGGUGGGGCUGGGAACCUGCUGAAGAGAAGCCUGGACAAACAGGAGAAGAUGUUUGACAAGCUCCUGGAUACGCAGCUGACGGCGGCGCAGCUGGUUAAAGAUCUCCUAGCUACGGAGGAGAAAGUGGCUCAGAAACUCCUGGCGGGGGAAGAGGAGAUGCAGACCAGCCUGCAGAAGGUGCUGGCGAUGGAAGAGGCGCUGCAGAGAGCCAGUGAGGAGGACACCAGCCUGAGGGCUGACAGCAGUGCCUUGCGGAGAGAGCUGGAGGAGCUGAGGGCCGAGCUUGGGCGACUGCAGGACGACAUGGAGGACGACACUGGCAUGGUCAAUUCUGCAAUGUACAUCGCACAGCUUUAUUACAAGAUCAGCCGGCUGGACUGGGACUACGAGUGUCAGCACCCCCAGAUCAAAGGCAUCCAUCAUGGCCCAGCCAUUGCUCAGCCCAUCAACAUCGACAGCAGCCAGCACUCCAAGUGCUUCGUCAGUGACUACCUGUGGAGCCUGGUGGACACGGCCUGGUGACCCUGCCCCAGGCCAGCCUCACUGAUCGGAUGGACACUGGACGGCGGGAGCGACUAAAAGCUGGCUCGUGCCUCGACCAGCGCCAGUAAGGACGGACCCAGGGGCUAAUCACAAAGGGAUUUUUUAUUAAUGUAACAAUCAGCGUUUGAAAUCAUUAAAACCAAUCUCCCAG